CGGGAAAAGCGGCCGCGAGCGGCGGCGCCCACUGUGGGGCGGGCGGAGCGCGGCGGGAGGCGGACGAGAUGCAAGCGCGGCCGCGGCCCUGGCCGCUCUGGGCGACUGUGCUGGCGCUGGGGGCGCUGGCGGGCGUCGGCGUCGGAGGACCCAACAUCUGUACCACGCGAGGUGUGAGUUCCUGCCAGCAGUGUCUGGCUGUGAGUCCCAUGUGUGCCUGGUGCUCUGACGAGGCCCUGCCUCUGGGCUCACCUCGCUGUGACCUGAAGGAGAAUCUGCUGAAGGAUAACUGUGCCCCGGAGUCCAUCGAGUUCCCAGUCAGUGAGGCCCAAGUACUAGAGGACAGGCCCCUCAGCGACAAGGGCUCUGGAGACGGCUCCCAGGUCACUCAAGUCAGUCCCCAGAGGAUUGCACUCCGGCUCCGGCCAGAUGAUUCAAAGAACUUCUCCAUCCAAGUGCGGCAAGUGGAGGAUUACCCUGUGGACAUCUACUACUUGAUGGACCUGUCUUACUCCAUGAAGGAUGAUCUGUCGAGCAUCCGGAACCUGGGUACCAAGCUGGCCACCCAGAUGCGAAAGCUCACCAGUAACCUGAGGAUUGGCUUUGGGGCGUUUGUGGACAAGCCCGUGUCACCAUACAUGUAUAUCUCCCCACCAGAAGCCCUCAAAAACCCCUGCUAUGAUAUGAAGACCACCUGUUUGCCCAUGUUUGGCUACAAGCACGUGCUGACGCUAACUGACCAGGUGACCCGCUUCAAUGAGGAAGUGAGGAAGCAGAGUGUGUCACGGAACCGAGAUGCCCCAGAGGGUGGCUUUGAUGCCAUCAUGCAGGCUACAGUCUGUGAUGAAAAGAUUGGCUGGAGGAAUGAUGCCUCCCACUUGCUGGUGUUUACCACUGACGCCAAGACUCACAUAGCACUGGAUGGAAGGCUGGCAGGCAUUGUCCAGCCCAAUGAUGGGCAGUGUCAUGUUGGUAGUGACAAUCAUUACUCUGCCUCCACUACCAUGGAUUAUCCCUCUUUGGGGCUGAUGACUGAGAAGCUAUCCCAGAAAAACAUCAAUUUGAUCUUUGCGGUGACUGAAAAUGUAGUCAGCCUCUAUCAGAACUAUAGUGAGCUCAUCCCAGGGACCACAGUUGGGGUUCUGUCCAUGGAUUCCAGCAAUGUCCUCCAGCUCAUCGUUGAUGCUUAUGGGAAAAUCCGCUCUAAAGUAGAGCUGGAAGUACGUGACCUUCCUGAUGAGUUGUCUCUGUCCUUCAACGCCACCUGCCUCAACAAUGAGGUCAUCCCUGGCCUCAAGUCUUGUAUGGGACUCAAGAUUGGAGACACGGUGAGCUUCAGCAUUGAGGCCAAAGUGCGAGGCUGCCCCCAGGAGAAGGAGAAGUCCUUUACCAUCAAGCCUGUGGGCUUCAAGGACAGCCUGGUCGUCCAGGUCACCUUUGAUUGCGACUGUGCCUGCCAGGCCCAAGCUGAACCUAACAGCCGUCGCUGCAACAAUGGCAAUGGGACCUUUGAGUGUGGGGUGUGUCGUUGUGGCCCUGGCUGGCUGGGGUCCCAGUGUGAGUGCUCAGAGGAAGACUAUCGCCCUUCCCAGCAGGACGAGUGCAGCCUCCGGGAGGGCCAGCCCGUCUGUAGCCAGAGGGGCGAGUGCCUCUGUGGUCAAUGUGUCUGCCACAGCAGUGACUUUGGCAAGAUCACGGGCAAGUACUGCGAGUGUGAUGACUUCUCCUGUGUCCGCUACAAGGGGGAGAUGUGCUCAGGCCAUGGCCAGUGCAGCUGUGGGGACUGCCUGUGUGACUCCGACUGGACCGGCUACUACUGCAACUGUACCACGCGCACCGACACCUGCAUGUCCAGCAACGGGCUGCUGUGCAGUGGCCGUGGCAAGUGUGAAUGUGGCAGCUGUGUCUGUAUCCAGCCGGGCUCCUAUGGGGACACCUGUGAGAAGUGCCCCACCUGCCCAGAUGCCUGCACCUUUAAGAAAGAAUGUGUGGAGUGUAAGAAGUUUGACCGGGGAGAAUUACAUGAGAAAAAUACCUGCAACCGCUACUGCCGUGAUGAAAUUGAGUCAGUGAAAGAGCUUAAGGACACUGGCAAAGAUGCAGUGAAUUGUACCUAUAAGAAUGAGGAUGACUGUGUUGUCAGAUUCCAGUACUACGAAGACUCCAGUGGAAAGUCCAUCCUGUAUGUGGUAGAAGAGCCAGAGUGUCCCAAGGGCCCUGACAUCCUAGUUGUCCUGCUCUCAGUGAUGGGGGCCAUUCUGCUCAUCGGCCUUGCUGCUCUGCUCAUCUGGAAGCUCCUCAUCACUAUCCACGACCGAAAAGAGUUUGCUAAAUUUGAGGAAGAACGCGCCAGGGCAAAAUGGGACACAGCGAACAACCCACUAUAUAAAGAGGCCACAUCUACCUUCACCAAUAUCACCUACCGGGGCACUUAAUGAUAAGCAGUCAUCUUCAGAUCAUUAUCAGCCUGUGCCAGGAUUGCAGGAGUCUCUGCCAUCAUGUUUACAGAGGACAGUAUUUGUGGGGAGGGAUUUGGGGCUCAGAAUGUGGUGGGUUGGGAGAAUGUUUGUAUGUGGAAGUAUGGGUCUGUGUGUGUUUGUGGGGGGGGGAUAUGUGUUGCAUGUGGGAGUGUGUAAUUUAAAAUUGUGAUGUGUUCUGAUAAGCCGAGCUCCUUAGCCUUUGUCCCCAGGAUGCCUCCUGCAGGAAUUCUUCCUGCUUAGCUUGAGGGUGACUAUGGAGCUGAGCAGGUAUUCAUCAUUACCUCAGUGAGGAGCCAGCUUUCCUCAUCAGGCCAUUGUCCCUGAAGAGAAGGGCAGGGCUGAGGCCUCUCAUUCCAGAGGAAGGGACGCCAAGCCUUGGCUCUACCCUGAGUUCAUAAGUUUAUAGUUCUCAGGCCUGACUCUCAGCAGCUAUGGUAGGAGCUGCUGGGCUUGGCAGCCCAGGUCAUCUGUACCUCUGCCUCCUUUCCCCUCCCUCAGGCUGAAGGAGGAGUUGGGGAGAGCUGAACUAUCAAAGCUGCCUGUGCCUUUCACCAUCCCCUCAAUCCAGCUAUGGUUUUAUUGCAAGGGAAGUCCUUGCAACCUAAUUCUUUGACCUGCUGGGAGUGAGGAUGGCAGGGCCACUCAGGGGUCAUUCAUGGCCUGGGGGAUGUAUCGACAUCUUCCGGUUCAUAAUUACAACCCUCCAGAUUUGCCCUAUUGGCAGCUCUACCCUGGAGGUUUGUUUAUAAGAAGCGUAUCACCUUUACGCCAGCACCAUCUCUUUAUCUCCUAAUUCCACACGUCACUGCUGUAGACAUUUGCUAUGAGCUGGGGAUGUCUCUCAUGACCAGAUGCUUUUCCUCUAAGGGAGAGAGUGCUGUUGUAGAGCCAGGGGUCUGGCCCUACUCUUCUGGCCUUUUUUCCCUCAUCCAUGGCACCUCUACAUACCCAGCCCUGUGCCUCCGUGUGCUGUAUCCAUCCAUGGGGCUCAUUGCAUUUCCCUACUACCUCUUGGCUGCCUUGUGAAGAAAUUAUUCCCAUGAAUUGGCUGGGAAUAGUGCCAGGAUGGAAUGAUGGGCCAGUUGUAUCAGCAUGUGUGGCCUGCUCUUCUAUGAGCUGGACAACCUCAUUUUAACUCAGUCUUUAAUCUGAGGGGCCACAAUGCAAUUUUAUUUUAUUUUUCUCAUGAUGAGGUUUUCUUAACCUAAAGGAACAUGUAUAUAAACAUGCUUGCGUUAUAUUUGUAAGUGUAUGUGAUGGCAAAGAAGGAGAGCAUAGGAAACCACACAGACUUGGGCAGGGUACAGACACUCCCACUUGGUAUCAUUCACCAAAAGUCACUGCCCAGGGGCUGGAUCUGUGAGAGGCUCUCUCACGCUGGAAGGCUAUGGUGAUGGAUGGAUGGACACACUGGACCUUUCCUGAGAAAGAGGGACUAUUCUUUUGUUCCAGAAGAGCAGUGGCUCCAUUGGUGUUGACAUACAUCCAACAUUAAAAGCCACUCCCAAACACCCAAGAAAAAAAAAAAAGACUUAAUAAGUUGUUCCAUGAGCAGAAAACUGGAGUUCUGGCCUCAGUGUUGCAGCUAAAUAAUCUUUGACUCUAAUUAAGGCAAGUCACUUUCUUCACCUUAAGGCUCAGUUUUCUAGUCUGAGAAAUGAUGGGUUUUGAGCAGCCAGUCUUGAAGGCCUCUUUCAGUGUCAACAUUCUAACAUGCUGGGACUUACUGUGGCAUCAAAUGUGUGGUCAAGAUUCUGUGGGAUAUUGAUACUGUUUGUGCUUUUAGUUGGGAGAUCUGAGAGACUGGGCUUUGGCAAGAGCAGAUGUCAUUCCAUAUCACCUUUCUCAAUGGGAGUCUCAUUCUAUCCUCUCUCCAAACCCCUUUUCCAACAUUUGUUAAUAAUUACAUCUCUCCUGAUGUAGCACUUAAGCGUCAUUUGGUUACUACUUCUUCCUUCACUUUGCACACGUUUGCAUCCACAUGUUAGGGAAGAGGAAUUCAUAAGUAGCUGAAGUAUCUGUUCUGUAUUCUUGUGUUAGCAUUAAGAAUACGCCUUGGAAUUAGAUACCGAGCCAUGACUGAGCCCUGUCUCACCCAUGGAUCACUCCCUACUGUAGGGAAUGGGAAUGUGGUAGAGGGAUAAGUAGGGGACAGGGAGGGAUAGUCAUGGAACCAGGAAGUCUGGAACCUAAUUAUGACCUUCAGCUGCUAAGACAGAUCCAUGAGAGUGUUAAUGGGACAUUUUCUUU